CAGCAAAAGCCGACCGGGGGACACCGAACAGGCCGCCAGCUACUAAAAAUAAUUAAUCUGUUCCAAGUAGUAUUUUGUAGAAUGAAUGUGAUUUUUCUAGAGACGUCAUACGUUUUCUGAAAGGCAGGGCUUACGCGACCUAUAUAAGGGAUUGACAGGCACGGACGGAGAGACGGAGAUUCAGAUAGAUUUUAUUAACUUUACGAGGCGUGUUUUACUCAUUGUGUAUUUGUGUGCUCAUAUGUGUUUAUUUCGCAUUAUUUAUUGGCACAUUAUUCUAACUGUAUUAACUGUGUACAGGUACAAGAUUGUAAUUAUAUUUUCUUUUCUUUUGUAAUUAUCUUAAGACUUAAUAAAUCUUAAUUAAUUGUAACUAGAAACUGUUUUGGGUGUCGUAUCUUAAAAGUUGCUGACUCAAUGGUAUCGUCCUUGUUAGGCACUGUUUACAACGAGCCAAUUAAAAUUAAAAUAGGAGAUUAAUUUCUCCCAAUAUAAGUCAGUGCAUAACAGUCAUCAUAAAUCUAUAUCGAGACAACGGGGAAAUAUUUGACAUCAAUAAUGUAUAAAUGUAUAUGUAUUACAUUAACUUUUUUAACAUAGACAGGGUUUUUGCUAUCCUUAUUCGUGCCCCCCACCCCCCACCCCAAAUCCUCAUAUUAUAAAUCAUAUGGAUAGAGUCUGACAUUCUGUGAACACGCCAAGCUAUUUUUAAAUAUUUUCUGGGGGGGGGGGUUGUUUAUUAAACACAGUCAGUUGUAUUUUUUUAAAUACAGCUCCGUUCCUCCGCAAACACCCGUAUUCUUUAUGCUCCCAUGACACGCACUCAAACAUACUGUGAACGAUCUUUCUCUUUCUGUGUCCCCAAACAACGGUAUUCUCUCCCAUUAAACAUCCUCAAUAUACCGACCAUCCAAGACUUCAAAAUUGCCCUCAUGGCACAUCUCUUCAAACUCUAUUAUACCGAGUCAUUCUCACCCCGCCCCCGCCCAACCCCGACUGAUGAACAACGCUUGAUGCUGCUGGGGGCCGUCUAUGGCUAGACAGGGGUAGAUGGUACUUGGGUGUGAGCUGUCCAUGGCUAGACAGGGGUAGAUAGUACUUGGGUGUGUGAGGUCAAUCUUUUUACAACGCUGUUUUUUUUUUUUUUUAAAUGUCUAAUUUUUUGUAACGGAUAAUUUUUUUUUUUUUUUGAAGCGCUAUGGGCCUAGCCCUUGGCUCUUUACUUUACUUUUAAUAAUAAUAUUUUGAAAAAAUAAAUUUUUGUUGUUUUACAGGGGUAGAUAGUACUUGGGUGUGUGAGGUCAAUCUUUUUACAACGCUGUUUUUUUUUAAAUGUCUAAUUUUUUGUAACGGAUAAUUUUUUUUUUUAUGUGAAGCGCUAUGGGCCUAGCCCUUGGCUCUUUACUUUACUUAUAAUAAUAAUAUUUUGAAAAAGUAAAUUGUUGUUGUUUUAACACAAUCAGUUGUUGUUUUUAACACAGUUAUUGUUUUAACACAAUCAGUUGUUGUUUUUAACACAGUUGUUGUUGUUAUUUUUAACACAGUCAGUUGUUGCACAGUUGUUGUUUCUGCUUUAACACAGUUGUUGUUGUCUUUAACACAAUCAGUUUUUGUUGUUGUUUAAUAUAGUUAGUUGUCUUUUUCAAACACUGCCAGUUUUAUUUUUUGAAACGUAAUCAGUUGUAUUUUUCCUACUUCAACAAUCGAAGAGAUGCAUAGAACAAUUCUGCUAUGAUUUUUUUUUCAUAGGUUAUCAACGGGAAACAUUUAAAAUUUAGAUAUCGCCCUUAUUAUGGAACUAGCAAAAUACCCGCACUUCGCAGCAGAGAGCCUUUUUUAAAGAAAAAAAAAGGUACAAAAUUAUCAAGUAUCCGCAUAUUCCGGAUACUAUACAAUGCAUUCCCUUGCGAAAAUGAAACCUGCCUCAAAUCAAUGCAAACUUUUGUAGGGUCUGUCCUUGGGACCCCGAUCCUGGUAAGACCCCAAUUCUAAUGAGUCCCUAAUCCCAUUCUGAACCCGAUCCCUCCGCAAUCCAUUUUCCCGGUUUUAUCCCGUUCCUGUUGGAGUCCUAUUUCUUUGUGGCUCCGGAUCCAGGGGAAUACAGAUCCCGUUUGAAUCCCGAUCCCGUCGGUGUCUUGAUCCCAUUGAGAUCCUGAUCUCAGUGGAUCCCGAUGCGAAACCGAUCCCGUUAGGAUACCGUUCACUGUGGGAUCCCGUUCCACCAAGCGACUCACUUUCCGAUGUCAUACAUUUUCCUGAUAGGAUCCUGGUCCCUGUUUGAGCCCGUUACCCAAUGGGAUCUCGAUUAGAGACCGACCGAAUUUUGGCUUCGGUUUCGGUGCCGAAAGUGGCCAUUUUAUCACUUUCGGCCAAGUUUCGGUUUCGGCCGAAACUGAAAAGUUAACUUUCGGCUUAAUUUCGGUUUCGGCCGAAAGAUAAAAAUUAACUUUCGGGUUUUUUUUCGGUUUCGUUGAAAUUGACUUAGACUUUCGUCCAUCUGGCCGAAAGUGACUCGGGUUUUCGGUCAUCUAAUACUCAGCGAAAGCGAUAUUUAACUACAAACUAAGCGACAUUUUAGAACGAAUUAAGCGAUCUUUAAGAACAAACUAAACGAUCUUUAAAUCAAAUAAAGCAAUUUUUAAGAAUAAAUUAAGAAAUCUUUGAGAACAAACUAAACGAUAUUUAACAACAAAAUAAGCGACAUUAAAGAACAAACUAAACGAUCUCUAAAACAAACUAAGCGAUCUUUAAGAACAAUCUAAGCGUUCUUUAAUAACAAAGUAAACGAUCUUAAAGAACAAAGUAACCGAUUGUUAAGAACGAACAAAAUGAUCUUUAAGAACAAAAUGAAUUAUCUUUAAUAGUAAACUGUAUGAUUUAUAAGAAUAAACUAAACAAUCUUUAACAGAAAACUAAAUAAUCUUUAGAAACAAACUAAAAGAUCUUUAAGAACAAACAAAUCGAUCUUAAGGAACAAAAUCAAUAAUCUUUAAGAACAAACUAAGCUAUCUUUAUGGGGGGGAAAAAAAGCGAUCUUCAACAACAAAAUAAGCGAUCUUUAAAAACAAACUAAACUAUUUUUAAUAACAAACUAAAAGAUCUUUAAGAACAAUUAAGUGAUAUUUAAGAACAAAAUCAAGAUCUUUAAGAAAAAACUAAACGAUCUUUAAGAACAAACUCACCGAUCUUUAAGAACAAACUAACUGAUCAUUAACUGAUCAAAAAAUGAACGCUUUUUAAGAACCAAAUAAGCGAUCUUUAAGAACAAACUAAACGAUCUUUAAUAACAAACCAGGCAAUCUUUAUGAACAAACUAACCGAUCUUUAAGAACAAACUAAGCGGUCUUUAAGAACAAACUAAAUGAUCUUUAAAAACAAACAAAGCGACCUUUAAGAUCAAGUUAAGCGAUCUUUUAGAACCAUGAUCAGAACAACAAUUUUAAGAGACCCGGUUUAAAAAAAUAAUUUUCACCACCAUUGGGGUUGAGGGAGGUUAGUCUCCGAACGAAAUAAUUUCGUCACCAGCACAGAAACACUAGUGUGGUGUUAAUAGGUUGAAUAUUAAUACAGUGAUAUCUUGCAAGCUUUUAAUGAAAACACAAAGCAUUAGUAUUACGAAAACAGCGAAAUAUUGUGGGGAUAUUUUUAAUAUAUCGGGCUUUUUUCGGCUAAUAAAAUACAGUUACCAAAUUAUGUUUGCCAACUUGUGGUUAAUAAGUUAUAGAGAAAUUCACGGCUGUACAAACUCUCUUUUAGCCGUAGUGGACAUUUUAUGCUCAGGUCAUGAUCAAUGUUCCCUCCAAGGUUUGUUGGUUCGUGUGCAAAAUCAUACAGUUGUGUGCAAAGUUUUAUAGCAUCCAUUUUUUUGUGUGUGAAAAAUUUCACAGCCCACAAACACAAACACUCAUUUACAUGAAAAUUUUCUUCGCGAUACUCAAAACUGCUGCGCGGCGUCUGUGAGAUAGCUGCGCGUCCGCGCAGCCGCGCAGCUUAAAAGAAAACCUUUGUUGUGAUCCUAAUUUGCAGAAGAUAUUUUAUGUACCGCUCACAUAGAUGUUUACUUUCAGCUUGUGUCAAAAUAUCUUACUGUUUGUGUGUUUACCCUGCACUUCCUCUCAGUUCUUCAUUACAAACAGAUAUUAUUUUGCUCAAAUUGUUUUCAUGAUCUUCACUGAAGCAUCAAGCCUGUGCGGGUCUUGCUCCGACUCAGACUCUCUCUACAACUUGUUCGACAGCUACAGCAAUUACAAGACCAAAUAUUGCCCCUUCGGAUGUUGUGGCACUAGCGACCAUCAGCAUUGUUGUUACAAGUAAACUAUUUAAAUUAUGUUCAUCUCAGUUUUAUGUAAUUGGUUUAUAAUUGUUGUUGUCUUUUGGAGGGUGGUGGUGGCAGGGUUGGAUGCAAGGCAUAAAUAUUUAAUAAAUUUGGUCGACGAAACAUUUUAAAUUCACAUUUAUUUUGUAUUUUAAUUUUGGGUGGAAUAAUUAUUUAAUUUGAAUCUUCAUAAUAUGGAUAUCGUGUUUACAAGAACUGUUUAUUUAAUGUGGCACCUAUUUUUAAAAAAAAAAACGUGUUAUUCACAUGUGCAUUUAUAGAGGCCGUACUGAUAAGAUAAUAUGGCGCAUAUUGACUCUGGAGGGUGCGUACUGCUUUUGAAAGAACUACUUUAGAGUGUAUUUUGUGUGUAAAGACCUUAUCGCAUAUCUUUUUAAAAGGGUGCAGAUUUCUUCUGAGAAAACAACACACUUCUUUAGAUAGAAUUAUAGAACUGCAUCAUGAUAACUAUUUAUAUAAAUGAUUUACCAAAACACAAAAAUAGCUACAAAGUCGACCGGGUUUUUGAAAUGUGUGUGUGUGUGGGGGGGGGGGGGUUGUGAUUGGGUGUAGGGUAAGGGUAGGCUGGUGAGUGUGUGUCUGUGUGUUGUGUGUGCGCGCGUGUCUUUCUGUGUGUGUAGACACAAGAGACUUUGUGGGGGGGGGGGAAUUUAGCUAGCCUUGUAGAGGGAAAUUUAUAACAUUUGUAUACGCCAGUGUGUGGGGGGGGGGGUUGUGAUUGGGUGUAGGGUAAGGGUAGGCUGGUGAGUGUGUGUCUGUGUGUUGUGUGUGCGCGCGUGUCUUUCUGUGUGUGUAGACACAAGAGACUUUGUGGGGGAGGGGGAAUUUAGCUAGCCUUGUAGAGGGAAAUUUAUAACAUUUGUAUACGCCUAACAGAGAAGGUAACCAAGGAAACACAUAAUGAAGUCAAGGAAUUUAAAUUGCACCAUACAUAUCAAAAUAUAACAUUUAAUUAUUUUGCUUAUUCAAUUGUAUAAACUAAUGAACUCAAUUAUAGAAAAUCUCCUUUUUUCAAAACUAGAUCAAUACAAAAUAUGUCAUAAUUUUUUUUAGGUAGCCUACAUAUCUUUUAAACAAUUCUGUUUAUGAAAUUCAAGCUGCAAAUGGAGGAUAUGAAUUUGAUUUUAUUUUUCGAAGUACCCGGGUACCAGAAGUGAGAGGUUGGGAUUAAAACUAUUUAAAAUUGUAUUGUUUGGUUUAUAAGACAAAAUGAGGUAUCAAAUGAAAGAUAAUUGAACGGAAUAUAUGUUUGUAAACUUAGUUCUUCAGUUUAACUAAAAUAAACUAACACAAAUGACAUCCGAAUAGCACUAAGUCAAAAUGUACCAGGACACGUAGUGCCGCCAUUCGCACCCGGGUACCAACCUCUCCCUACUGGUACCCGGGUACAAAUAGUCGCAGCCAUUUUUUAAAAAAUAAGUCUUAUAUUUAUAUGCAUGAAUCAAUCAACUCUUGUAAAAAUAAUUAAUUUAGGACAUGAAGAAUUCCAGCCUGUAUUACCCGCAGUGGGUUAUGAACCAUCCAGAAUGUGUCACCAUUUAUUUUUGUACAUUACCCAUUUAAAAAUAGGGCCUACUUACAUGGGCGCCCGCAGAAAACUUUCUGGGGGGGAGGGGCAAAAAAAUCGAUUAAAUUUCCAGGGGCGGGGGGGGAUUUUAGUAAUGUUUUAAUGUAGUUUUAAUUUACUGCAGCGUAUUUGUAUGGUGAACGAACGGACAGGACAUCAGCUUAGUUACUUUCUUUUUAUUUUUACUUUACUUUAAUAAAAUUUUGUCUAUUUUUGUCUAAAAAAUUUGUAUCCAAUCAAUCCAGGGAGGGGGCAAGUGCCCCACCUUGCCCCUACCUGCGGGCGCCCAUGCCUACUUAUGUUUUGGACACAUUUUAUAUUAAAGAAAAAAGAACUUUUAGAAAUAUUGGCAACUGAAACAAAUGUAAUGUUUAAAAAUGGACCUUAAGAUUGCUGUUUGCAAAAGACAAUAAGAAUCUCUAACUUCCAGACCCAUUUCACAGACAGGUUGUCGGCAUGUUAAGUAAUGUUGGUUAAUUUACAUCAGGGAAUUACGUAGAGUGACACAGCCAGCAGGGAUUACAAAUAGUGGCAUUGCAGGGAUAACAUGUGGUGACAGAGCCAGCAGGGAUUACAAAUAGUGACAUUGCAGGGAUAGCAUGUGGUGACAUAGCAAGCAGGGAUUACAAAUAGUGACAUUGCAGGGAUAACAUGUAGUGACAGAGCCAGCAGGGAUUACAAAUAGUGACUUGCAGGGAUUACAUAUUAUAUAUAGCUUGACAUAGCAGGGAUUAUAUAACAGUGUCAUGGCCCUUAGGGAUAACAUAUAGUGAUAUAGCAGGGAUUAUAUAGACUGACAUAGCAGGGAUUAUUUAAGAGUGUCAUGGCCCUUAGGGAUAACAUACAGUGAUAUAGCAGGGAUUACAUAGACUGACCUAACCAACAGGGAUACCAUAGAGUGACAUAGCAGGGAUUCAAGAGAGUAAAAUAGCAGGUAUUACAUAGUAUGUUAUAGACAGCAGGGAUAACAUAGGUUUGCAUAGCCCUUAGGGAUAACACAGAGUGAUAAAGCAAGGAUUAAAUUGACGGACCUAACCAACAGGGAUUACACAGGGUGACAUAGCUUCCAAAUGUUACAAGAAGAAAUUAACGCAAGUUUAAGAGCGUAUUCAAUUACCCAAACUCACUAAAUUUGUGUAAACACAACAAACUCACUAAAUUGGUGUAAGCACACAAACUCACUAAACUGGUGUUAGCACACAAAAAUCACUAAAUUGGUGUUAGCACGCCAAACUCACUAAACUUGUGCAAGAACACCAAACUCACUAAACUGGUUUAAGCACCAAACUCACUAAACUGCUGCAAGCACACCAAACUCACUAAAUUGGCGUAAGCACAGCAAACUCAAAUAAGUGGCGUACGCACACCAACUCACUAAACUGGUGUAAGCAUGACCAUGGUUUGCCUUGUAAAAGUGGUGGGGUGGGUGAAUAUACUUUUUUUUUUGGCUGUUCUUUAUUUCAUAAAUGUAUUUUAUUUUAAUGUCAUGAUUAUGUCUCUUUUGAUAAUAUUUUUAUGUACAGCGCGGUGAGCCCAACCCUAGGCUGGGGUACCGCGCUAUAUAAGACCCCUUAUUAUUAUUAUUAUUAUUAGUUUGCUCAUGUAACACUAUUCCUUUCCCACAGCGUUGGUAUCAUUGCUGCUGUCAUAGUUGGUGUUGUUGUCUGCAUCGUUGCCGUGGUCACCAUCAUUUGCUGCUGCUUCUUUUACAGUUGUAGGGAAAGACCACAGACGUGUGGACCUACACCAGCAAAGACUUGUGGACCUACACCAGCAAAGACUUCUGGUCCUACACCAGCAAAGACUUGUAGUCCUACACCAGGGAUUAAGCAGAAAACAAGACAAACUAUGAAUCCCAACGGUAAGUUACACGUUACAUACUGCAAAAGUAGGACACUUAUUAGGUAAAAUACGGCAAUAUUUACUGCUGCAUGAUCUAAAGCAGGGGUCUCAAACUCACGGCCCGCGGGCCAUUUGCGGCCCGCAAGAUGAUAUUUCCGGCCCGCUACAUAACAGCUAAGGUUAGUGUUAAUGCGGCUCGCGCAUUUUCCCUAAUCUCAUAUCUAUGAUGGAUUUCUGGAUCCGACACUGGACAUGUAUGAGCUGAAUAUGUAAUACAAAGUAAACUAUAAAAAAACGUCUUGACAGAUACAACGCUAUAAGGAUAUAUGAUAUUGUAUGUAUCAUUGUAUGCUUGUAAUUAGUUUGUGUAGUGUUGCGUUUGUUUUAAAUGUGGUAAAUUAUAGAUUUUUUGUUGUUGUUUUUUUACUUUGUACCACGCUUCGAGCCUUUGGGAUGAAGCGUGUUUUUGAAAGGAACUUUAUUAUUAUUAUUAUUAUUAUUAUUAUGUAUUAUGUUCUUGUUCAUCGUACAGCUCUUCCACCCACCCCGUCAAUCGUGUCUUCAAGCAAUAACCACCAACAGGCGUCGCUGGGAAUGCCACCAGUUCAUCAACCUUUCGCCAGUCAUGGGGGCGUUGGGAGUCCAGGGGACAGAACCCUGCCAAGUGAACAAGACAACGCGUUUGAAUGUUCAAGUUACAGUUCCCCCGUGUCGCACGAGAUUUAUGACGUCAAUACGUUGCGACAGGUUGUCUCAUUGUACUGAUGUACUGAAUCAGUAACAGGGGCAUGACUAACCUCAAGCUCCAGAUUUGUAAGCUCAAAUGGUUGAAAUUAAUAGUAAGUGCACAUGACGCAUCACUUUGUAUUGGUUUACUGAAAAGGUUGAUGUUCAUUUGUUAAAAAAAAAAAAAAUUUAAAUCAUUGAGCUAGUGUUAUAAACUUUUGAGCUCACUUUUAUCAUUGUAACUAAUUUGGUAUUUGCUCACUUUUUUCACAG